ACCUGAAUACACCAUUACCUUUCAGGUGAGUUGUUUAAACCACAUCUCUGUUUACUUUAAAGUAAACAAUCGUCGCAUUUAAAAUGAAGAAAGGGGUCACAUUUUCUCUGUGUGUGCUUAAUCUCGUCGUGAGAGCACUAACCAUGGAGCCAUCUUGCCCUGUGUGUUCCAAAUAUGAAUAUGAAGAGAAAUUGCUGGAGCGAGUCUUGCGGAAUGAGCAUGCACUGGAGCACACACUUCAUGACAUCAAGGCAACACAUGCAAAAGUUGUGGACGCACUGAAAACGAUUCACGACAAAAUUGGUUCAGUCAAUACUGCUAUUGGUACAAUGGAUCGAAAGCAGAUUGUUAUGGAAGAAACACUCGACAAUGCCAUUAAAACAGCGCAGACAAACGUGUCUGAAUCUCUGUCUCACAUUCUCGCUGAAUCGGGACGGGCGAUCAAAGUCAUUGAGGAAAGAGUAGACCGUAUUAAAGGAGAUUUGAAGACCCCCACAAUACAGUUUCGUGCCCAGCUCGCCUCCUCUGUAACUGUCAACACGGGUCAAGAUGUAGUGUUUUCACGAGUUGAGGUCAACGAAGGUCAAGGCUAUGACAGUAGAACAGGAAAAUUCACCGCUUCCGUUGCCGGUCUAUACAAUUUUGACGUACACUUUUGCGUUCAGCAAAACUAUUGGGUUUAUCUGGAGAUAGUACACGUUGGCAGGUCUGUACAGAGAUUAGCUCACCACAAUGGUGGUCCCCACGGUUACCAGGGCUCUUCUCUGCAGGCCAAUAUCGUGAUGUCAAUGGGCGACAUUGUGUGGGUGCGAGCUACCUCGACAUCUUACUUUUAUCAAACUGAUAGUUAUUGUACUAAUGCUUUUUCCGGAGUACUGAUUCGUGUAUGAUAUCCACAAGUGUGUAUACAUGUAUACCGUACUUUGAAGUUAAGUUAACGAUCGAUCAAGAAUUAAUUGUAACUUCGCAUUCUUGUUACAAGCAGUAGUAUGCGAUUUAGUAUGCUGGUAUAUUGAAGAAAAACGUGUAUAUAUUCAAACAUGUUGAUAUUUAUAUUUGUUAAUGAAAUAUACUUGUGUUCAAGUAUCAAAUAUUAACAAAACAUAAUUUCUCAACGUUUCUCAUGCUUCGCACUUGCACAGGCAUUGUUGCAAUCUAACAGUUAUAAGACUCUCUAUACAUUUUAGUUGCAUAGUGUAACUAAAUACAGACUAUAGAUAGCUGCAUGCUUGAAUAACCUUACUAUUAUAUAUUGUACAGUGAGCUGAUAAGCCAGUCUCACUUGAGUCGCCAACGAAU